AGCGCCGUCGUUUAAGGCGGGGCAGAGGACGGAAGCUCCAAAGUCAUAUGAUCGAUUCGUGACAAAGCUCGCCGUUCCCGACUCGCAAAGAUGGCCAGCCAGACGCAGGGAAUUCAGCAGCUUCUGGCUGCCGAAAAACGCGCUGCCGAGAAAGUCUCGGAUGCCAGGAAACGUAAGGCACGUCGUCUGAAACAGGCCAAAGAGGAAGCCCAGGACGAGAUUGAGAAAUAUCGACAGGAACGAGAAAAACAGUUCCGUGACUUUGAGGCCAAGCACAUGGGUUCAAAAGAGGAUGUAGCUGCGCGUAUCGAGGCAGAUACGCGACUUAAGAUAGAAGAAAUGAAUCAGACCGUUGCUGUGCACAAAAAUAUGGUCAUGCUUAAAAUCUUGGACUUGGUGUACGAUAUCAAGCCGGAACUGCACAAAAAUUACCGCAUUGAGGUCUAAUCCACAAAAAUCGCAUCUAAUAUAGCUAUAAAUAUGAUACGUCUUACGCUCUAUAAAUAUAUAUUAAAUAUUACUGUUCACCAUAUCUCAAUAUGUAUUUAUCGCUGUUAUAUCGUAUGACAUGUUAUAUUUUACCUGAGAAACUGUAUGCAAUGUAGCUGUAGGCAGUGAUACUCAAACUACUACUAGAAUUCUUUUCUCCCGCAGUUGCUACACGACAAUAAAUGUAAUCGUAUUGUUAUUACCGCUGAGCUUUUCACUGGCACAUAUUCGGACAGUUUGAGAAUUGCUGUAAUGUAGCAUCGUAACAAAGAGAAAAAAAAA